AUGAAAUAAAGUACUUAAAUAACAAUAGAGAAAUGUAAAUAAAAUAUUGGAGACAGUGAUUUUGAUGAUUAAUAAAGAAAACUAACUUCAAUAUCAAAGGAUAUUUAGCUGGACGAAUUGAGAAAGAAAGAAAAGUAAACUGAAGAUUCUGACAAAUAAAUAAUCAGUCUCAAUCAAAACUUAUAAAGUAGCUAGAAUCCAAAAAACAUUUGUGCAACUGAUGAUUAUUGUUAACAAAAAAUAAAUUGUGAUGACUAACUACCUAAAUAACCUUAGAUUUUAGAUGUUUAAAUGUCUAAGGUUGAUGUUUUUUAGAAAGUAGAAGUAAACUUGGUUGAAUAAAGAAAAAAGGAUCAAGUGAAUUUUGAAGAAUGCUAUGAAAAAUUAAAAUAAAUGCACUUACUUAAAGUUGCAGGAGACAAGCAACAAAGAUACUAUACUACUUGUGAGUCUUUAUGUCAUACAUAUGUGGGAUUUAGUUGCUGUUAUUUCAUUUCUAAAAGAAAAUCUGAUUUGGAUUAAUAAGGGAUUGCUAUUAGUAUUUAUUUUAAGCAGUUAAAGGGAUUGAUUCUUCUUUGUUUUUGCUACUUUUUACUUUCAAUACCUGUUACUUAUCUAUAUGUACAAACUGCCAUUAACAGCAAUAUGACUAAAUUCAAUAGCUAUAGCAGUUACUUUGCUUACACAUUUGCUGGUGUUUGGGGUUAUGAUGUUUGGUAAUGCGAAAUGGGAAAUUAUUAAGACUUAUUAAGUAAAAGCGAAAGUAUUUUUCAAUGCUAGACUGGAUAGUUUGAUGUUAAGUUUUCUGUAGUUGGUUUAAUGUUUCCUUCUAAUAGUACAAACUACUAUGGAUGUUAAUUUGCGUAAAUAGAAAAUUUAAUCACAGAAUGCAACAAAAUUUCAUAGAAAUAUUUAGAAAAUAAAUGCUAAAAUCAAAAAGAAUGUUUGAUAAACUACAAUGAUAUAAUUUAAGAAUAUUUCUAGAGCACUGAUUCAUGCAAAUCUAUGUUGCAAUCAUACUAGAUAUUUAUUUCAAUGCCUUGCAAAAAUUCAUACAUGGAUUUUGGAUCUUUUCAAAUUUCUAAAAUGAACUUAUCAAUAUUUAUAAUAAUAGUUGAUAUUGUCAUUUUUUAUGUCUUUUUAAUUUCAGUUUUUGCGUAAAUUACAUUCUGA